UUUAACGACUGACGGAGACACUUUGCCCCGAGCGGGGCCUGACGAUGGACCCGCCGCCGCUGCCGGUUCGACCCGUUUUCAUUGUUCGAGUAGGAUCUGAUUCUAGUUGAUCGUCUUUGUUGUUGCUGUGAUGAGCGAGGAGGCUGCCAGGGCUGUUUUUGGUUUUUAAUUUAGCUUCGCCUCGUCUGUUAAUGGAGAAAUAUCAAACUGCAGCUCCUGGUUUUCCAUCACCGCAGGCUCGACCCGCAGCCGGCAGUUAUUUUCACCAUCGACGGUUCUGACGACAUCGGUCGGUCGAUUAAUCGUUGGCGCCGUAAAACGGUGGACCAACGUCGCCUUGGAGCAAAGGCUGGCAUCAAAUCGAACGUCUCGUUCUUGUUCCGCCAACCUUUGUCCAAAACACCAAAAUAUUCCAUUUACUACAAACGCGCUUAUCAGAGUAGUUGUUGAUUGAAUCAAUCGACUAAUUGCUGCGGCUCUACCGUAGAUGAUUCCUUCGAGUGAACCAGUGGUUGACGAAGCAUUUGAAACGACGACCGAAGUUCGGUCUUUAGAUGCGUCGAUCGAUCUAAUCACCGGUCAGACAAAAGAGAAAGACGUCAGACGUAAAAUGAUAUGGAGUCGGCGUUCGUAUCCGUGGCGCUGUAACAGGUACUGCCCCCGUUCCCGUUAAUCUGCAAAACAAGCGAUUUUUUGUAAUCUGUAAAAUGACAGAAAAAAGCGAUUAAUGUCUGUCACGGUUUUCCAAAGCCUACGCCGACAUAUUCACGCUGCACGUUUUGUCCGACCAACUGCCCAAAGCCGAGACAAAUUCCCUCAACUGUCAUAAAAGAGGCGGAAAACCAGCAAAUACUCGCAUCUGAGAAGCUGCGACCGGUGACUUCUGGGGCAUUCUCGCUUUUAAAAAUGGCCGAAAUUACCCAAAUUUGUUUCCCAUUAAAUGUGUGUCGAUCAAGAUUCGACUGCCAGCGUUAGGAUCGAUAAGUUUUCGGUUUAUCGACUCCCCGAUUGAUCGGAUCCGGGAUCGGUUUGUUCGUAAAGCUGCACCCAAAAACUGCAGCUGAGCACAACAAAGAGACAGCGGAGGAAGCGACGCGACAGGACCACGUACGAACAACAACAACAACAAAACAAAAAAAAAAAUCAACAACCAGAACCAAAAUCCCAGAAACUAAAAAAGGAAAAGAUAAAUCGGAGGCUGACGAACAGUCGAGUUCAAUCAAUAAAUCCUUCCUGGGCUAAUUGGUUGACGGUAUGGACGGCGGGCCGGCGACGACCAUGGAGCUGAAGCCGUGCGUCGAGUACCACGACCUGGAGGCCGCCGAGGCGCUCGUCAGCAUGAGCUUCUGGGGUCAAAGGUCACAUAAACCGCGCCCGCUGACCCCCACCUCCGACUCCUGUGACUCCAUCCAGCUCCACCCGGAGGGAGGGGACACCCCCAAAGACCUGAUCGCUCUGUCCUCACUGUGUAUGACUCCGCCUCACAGUCCCAGCUUCGCCGAGGCCUCCACCACCACCUCCGCCACGAGCCCCGCCUCCAGACCGGUCUUGCCCCGCCCGGGGCUCGGCGUCGGCCCCGCCCUCCUCGGCGACUCCCGCGCCGGCCUCAGCCAACCCUCCCCCUCCUCCUCACCCUUCACCUCAGAGACCUCAGCACUUCCACCUCAGACGGAGUCCUCCUGCGUGGCCCCGCCCGGCCGAGCCAUGGCCACCAGCGUCAUCCGCCACACCGCCGACAGCCUCGGCGUUCCUCCUCCUGCCCCUUCCUGCUCCCGGCAGACAGAGACCUCCGCGCCGCUUCACCCGGGACCUCCGCAGACACUUCCAGAGGAGAGGGACGGACUCCCUCCAUCUCCCAACAGCCCGUCCUCUCCUCUCUCCCCAGGGUCUCUCCCUCACUCCUCCCCGGUGUCUUCCUCCUCCUCCUCUUCCUCUCCGGUCUCCCCGUCUCCGGUCCUCUGCCAGGUGUUCCCGGUGAGCAGCCGGACGGGGAUGAUCUCCGCCUUUGUACAGGCUCCGGUUCAGGUGCAGACUCAAGGGGGGCCCAAGCCCAUCCUGCCCCAGUCUCCUUCCAGCUUCACCCAGCCCCUGCUGGUGGGCUCCGCCGUGCCGCAGGGGACCGUGAUGUUCGUGGUCCCCCAGCCGCCCGUCUCCCAGCCCCCGCAGGGCGCGCAGACUGUCAUGACCCUGGGCAACACCAAGCUGCUCCCGCUGGCCCCGGCUCCGGUUUACAUGCCGUCAGGCGCGGGCGGCGGCGCCUCGCAGGCCGACUUCUCCCGCAGACGGAAUUAUGUCUGCAACUUCCCCGGCUGCAAGAAGACGUAUUUCAAGAGUUCGCACCUGAAGGCUCACCUGCGCACACACACAGGUGAAAAGCCGUUCAGCUGUCACUGGGAGGGCUGCGACAAAAAGUUCGCCCGCUCUGACGAGCUUUCCCGCCACCGCCGAACGCACACCGGUGAGAAGAAGUUCGUCUGCAACGUGUGCGACCGGCGCUUCAUGCGCAGCGACCACCUGACCAAACACGCCCGGCGGCACAUGACCACCAAGAGGGCGUCCUCGUGGCCGGCCGAAACCGGAGACCUCAACAAAGUGGCCCUGCCCAAGGGCCAGAACAGAGGCUCCGUGCUUCCUGUCGGCGUGCUCGUUCCCACCGCCAACUAACGGACUCCGUCGGGAGCCCACAGGGCCAACUCAGGACCCCGGGGGGGGGGCAACCGGACACUUAGAGGUUAGACUGACUGGUUGUUUCAGUCCGAUCCACCAGUCACAUCAGGACGAUCUUUUCUACUCUACAAAUCACUCAUUCAGCUGGUGAACGCGGUGCACGCCGCUACCGGGCCCCGGCUACGUUUACAUGCAGACCUCAGAACAGGGUCACUAAAACGUGGCAAACUCCACGGUACAGUCAAACUCAGUCUCGUAUUAAAUUGGUUACCUCGCCGUGGAUCGAGACCAGUCACCUGCUUCCCCGGGACCUGAUGUGGUUUUAUUUUCGUUUUGGCGUAGAAACGAUCCUUUUCCAAGCUGAGCCUCCGAGCGUCUGAUCCAGCAGCCUCGGCCAGACUGAUGGUUUCCUCUGAUAACAAGUCUAAAAGUCCGCAGACACACCAGCACCCCCUUGAGGCUGAAAUAUUCACCUGCACUCCAGUCGGGUCGGAACUGACGACGGAUCGGACGCUUGUUUUUUCGAUUAUUCGCUUAAUCGUCACCUGGCACUUUACGGAUGAAGUGUGUAGAUAAAAUGCCUGUUUUUCCUGUGUUUCCCAAAGACCAAUGUGACAUCUCAAGAUGUCCUGUUUUGUCUGACCAACAGUCCAAGAUCCAAAGAUAUUCAGUUUGCUGUCACGUGUGGCGUAGAAAAGCAUCCGGUCGUCACAUCUGGGAAGCUGGAAACAUCCAACGUUAAAAAAAAAGAGCAUUUUUUGCUUAAAAGCAAAUGACAAACGACUCGAUUAUUGGGAUUAGAGUCGCCGAUUACUUUUCUGUCAAUUCAUUCAUCGAUUGAUCCACCAAGCGUUGCAGCUCUACACUCCAAAAAAUAAACUGUACAGUACUGCAGUAGAUGUACCGUGUUGCUUUCCACCGCUGGUGGUAGAACUGCUCUUAGCGAAGUGGACACCUAUUACUCCGUUAGUGACCAAGCCGACGGAAACUGGCCAAAAACUUUUGUCCUCCUCGGCGACUCCUCGCUGAAUGAAAUUAACAGUCUUGAAAAACAAAUGUGAAGGGGAAGUGAAUGUUCCAGUGCAGAGUGACAACGCGGACGCACGUUCGUGGGCGGCCAGCGCGUCGACCGGUAGCUCACCAGUUACCUUCAUUCAGAGGCUUUCAGGUGUGACCGGACGCGAAGGUGCGUUCGAGGCCACAGUUGUUCACGUGACCGAGAUUUAACGGCCGAGUUAAUGCGAGUGUUGCUGCGGCGUAGUCACAACCCGGCGAUUCUGAGUGUAGUUCAUGUAGACGUAGCUGGAGCAGCCAGCAGAGGACGGAGCGAGUUUCCCCGCCCUGCUUAGGACCGUUUACCCCCAGCAACCCCAAACUCACCGAGGAGGAGGAGGAGGAGGAGGAGGAGGAGGACACGAAGGCGACAGGCUGCUAUUCAUCCACGGACAGAACUCAACAAAAACCUGACAUUGCACUGGAUUUUUUUAAUCUUGCUUGUUUUUGUACUCUCUCUCCGUGUAUAAUCAUGUUUACUUCAUGUGUAUAUGUCAAGUUUAGCGAAAUGUAUGCACUCUUUCUUUUUUUUGCCAAAGCCUCUGUAUUGUGCUUCUGUUGUUAGCCUACUUCUGUUUACUUGUCUGACUGUACAUAUUGUAAAUAUAUUGAUAUCUAUAUGAAUGUUACGUGUAUUCCAGUUUGCAUUUAUCGACAGUACGAGUUAUUGAUAUUUUAAAAAUGUCAGUGGACAGUAUUCCUCACUGUGAUACUACCUACUCUCUUUGCUUUACACAUUAUUAUUAUUAUUAUUUAAUAAACAUUUGUUGAGG